CCUUUUUUUAUUAUUUUCUUUAGCAUGCCAACCAACUCUGGUGAACGUAACCCCCUUCUUAGACCACGCCAAAAGAAUCACUGGCGAUGGCUUGUUCUUUUAGCUUUCUCGUUUUUUUCAUUUUCGAGUGCCUUAAUGUGGAUCACAUUUGCACCAUGUGUCUAUAUAUUUGCUGAAUAUUAUUUUAAAAGUACAAGCACUGGUAUCAACGCUAUCAACUCUUUAUCGUCCGUGUAUAUGCUUGUCUAUCCUUUUGCGAUCCAGUUUACCUUUAAAUACUUUGAAGAUCGUGCUAUGGGAUCACCUGGCAACGGUCUUCGACGUGGUAUUCUUAUUGGUGCUGUAUUGAAUGUGAUAGGGAGUGCUGUUCGUUGGUUAGGUGCUGUUCCUUCCGUCUAUGGAUUUUGUGUGCUAUUUCUAGGUCAAACAAUGGCUGCUAUCGCUCAAGUAUUUAUGCUAGCCAUUCCACCCCAAUUGGCAGUCGCAUGGUUUCCUAAAAAUGAAAUUAAUUUAGCUACUUCGAUCGCUGUCUCUGCUAACAAUCUAGGUGUUGCAGCAGGAUGUGCCUUAACUCCCUUGAUGGUAAAACAGGCUACACAAAAAAAGGACGUGCCUACCUUGUUGUUUUUUCAGUUUAUGAUGUGUCUUAUUGUCCUUGGGUUCAUUCAAUAUGCUUUUCAAAGAUCACCACCCUAUUGGCGAAGCAUGAUCAAAGAAGUUAGUUCAGUUGAUCAACAGUCAUUACGCUUAGGGAAAGAAAAGCGAUUUAUUUAUAUGUUAAUUGCUUAUAGUAUUAUUAUGGGUGCUCAAUGUGCAGUCAUCACUUUACUUGCCCAGAUAUUAAUACCACCAUUCAAAUCAAACAUGAAUGAAAACUCUGUUGGCUUACUAGGUGCUUUUAUGCUGUUUGUCGGUGUUCCUGCAAGCAUUUUGGGUGGUUAUUAUCUUGAUAGAACGUCUCAAUAUAGCAAAGUAUGUACCUUAUUGUCAGCUGUUACAGCUAUAAGCACUUUGGGACUCUAUAUCUCAUGUGAGAUUCGAUAUGUGACAGGCGUCAUUUUGUCUUGUCUUUGUUUUGGUGUAGCGUCUUAUGCCAUUUCACCAGCUUUUUUCCAGUUUGCGAGUGAACUAUUUUAUCCAGUGAAUGAAAUUAUCCCUACUGGAUACCUGUUUACUGUAGGCAACAUGGGUGGUGUAUUUCUGGUUGCUGUCAUGGGCUGGAGCGAGAAUCUAGAUAUCGAAUUUCCAAUGCGAUUACCCAUGCUUUGCUUAACAUUGGCUAUGUUUGUGAGUGUAUAUUUUAUGUCACAAGUUAAAGGUGUCUUAAAGCGAAGUGAGGCACUGGCUCUCUAAUGUAAAUAAAUACGGGUUUUUUUUGAUCUGAUAAAA